UCAGAGUCCGUGUCAGUGGUUGCGGAGUCCAGGGAAAUCAUUUUUGCUUCAUUUUCCCGGGCGCUUCCCCCCAAGCGGGUGGGAGUACAGGGACAGAGGUGCGAGAUGAGCACCAUGUUCGCCGACACUCUACUCAUCGUUUUUAUCUCCGUGUGCACGGCUCUGCUCGCCGAGGGCAUAACCUGGGUCCUGGUUUACAGAACAGACAAGUACAAGAGACUGAAGGCGGAAGUGGAAAAACAGAGUAAAAAAUUGGAAAAGAAGAAGGAAACAAUAACAGAGUCAGCUGGUCGCCAACAAAAAAAGAAAAUAGAGAGGCAGGAAGAGAAACUGAAGAAUAACAACAGAGAUCUAUCAAUGGUUCGAAUGAAAUCCAUGUUUGCAAUUGGCUUUUGUUUUACUGCCCUAAUGGGAAUGUUCAAUUCCAUAUUUGAUGGUAGAGUCGUGGCAAAGCUCCCUUUCACUCCCCUUUCCUACAUCCAAGGACUGUCUCAUCGAAACCUGCUGGGGGAUGACACCACAGACUGUUCCUUCAUCUUCCUGUAUAUUCUCUGUACUAUGUCAAUUCGACAGAACAUCCAGAAGAUUCUUGGCCUUGCCCCUUCACGAGCUGCCACCAAGCAGGCAGGUGGAUUUCUGGGCCCUCCACCUCCUUCUGGGAAGUUCUCUUGAACUCAAGCAGAACUCUUUAAUUCUUGUCAUUCUUUUUAGACACUCAAAUCAGACUGGCAACUAUUCUGCAGCAAGAGCCAUAGGCAGCCUUAUGACUUGGGCCACCUUCUGGUUUUGAGUUAUUUCUAGGUCAUUUGUAUAUGACUAGAAUGAGAAUGGCACCCAACAAAUAUGAUAGCGCUUCAGUCAUAGAUGAUUUUUAAAAAAAAUAAAUGGAUUGAUUAGUUAAGUUCAGGUGAUGUUUAUGUGAUGAGAAUAAAUAGCAUGUUUCUUGUUUCAUUUACAUAUGUAUUGUCUGUGGGACCGACUCUCAAGGCUGUAUGUGUGCCAUGUACCAUGGAAGUUGGCCCUCCAUGAGCAUUUAGAGAUCUAGAAGAAAAAUUUAGUUUGUGUAACUCUUAAUUGGAACUGUUUGUUGUGUUGGGUUUUUUCCCAAGCCAAAUAUAUGACUUGAGAUCAAUAAAGAGGCCAAAUUUUUUAACUAUUUUAUCUACAAAGAGA